GAAUUUGCGCAAGAGUCAAACGGAGGGCGACUUGUGAAACGGCUGACGUCGUUCAGGGGUGCGUUUAUCUCGUAUUGGGUUUCGUCACCUCUCGAAGACCCGAGCAUUGCGCUCAGCGACGACGGCCGCUGUUGGAAGACUCCCUAUCUGCCUGCGCAGCUCGGCGUACGCUCUUCAAGCCACAUCUAUCCCUCCUACUUCAUCAUUGACUCGUCGGGCUUCCCCUCCAUGGGAAGUGUGAAAACGGUACGGCUCUGGGGCAUCGUUGAAGGAUCCCUUAAUACGAAGACCUUCUGGUCUGCAUCUGCUACUCCCGAUGGACCCCUUCGACCAUUAAUUGACGGUGGAUUCACUUGGGCUCAUCUGGGCACUUUUGUUUACAAUAUUCACGAUAGCACUAGAGCGCAGACAUUCUAUAUUCCGGAGCAAUACGCUGAGCAGAACAUCUCGUUUGGAGUAUUUGCACUUGAGAUCUUAGAUAACUGGGGAGCUAGAGCCAGUACUACGUGUAUACAGCGUGUGCGUAUAUACGGA